UGCGUUGGGCUUCCCGCCUGGCCCCCAAUAUUUCCAAAUUAUUAUUUCUUGUCUGAUCUCUCUCAUUGUGCGCGGCCCUUCUCCAAAUCCCGAACCCUGAACCAGGCAGGACAUGGCUCGCACAUCUGGCGCCUCAACAAGGGACAUCUGGAGGCGAUGUCUAGAGCAAAAAACGAAGUUUCACCAGCAAGGUGGGGAAAAUUCACCGUAAAGGUGAUGAAAAUUCACUGCAAGCAAAGCCCACGGUCAGCUGCAGAAAUCACGAUCUAAAAUUUCCCCAAGCCUGUGUGGAUUCCUGCAAGAAAUAUUAAACUUCAACAUAGAUCCAAGGGAGGAACUGGCCAGGUUAAUGAGGACCUUGCACCUGGAGCCAUGCCUUACAGCUGCAGACAAUCAACUACCCCAGCUGCAGACAGCAGCAGCUUCGAUCAAUCCACUGAAGAUAAGGAGUGGGAGGAGGACAAGGAGGAGGACGGCAAACAGCCCAGAGGUCACCUGGGGCAUGGUGAAGAAGACGGUCUAGAAAGCUGAGCGAAUUUGUGAGGAGACCAGAACCCCAAGAAUGCCUGAGAAUGUCUUUCUUGCCAUGCUAGCAGUAAUCAGCUGUGCGGUAAUAAUACCAGGGGCAAAUGGGGAAGUAUUUUGGACUUAUGUUCCUGACCCACCAUGGGUAAGACCCCUUAUGUGGGCUGAUCCCCUGCCUAAUGUAGUCACCAAUAAUACCAAACACCUUGGUCACCCAGGGGAACCACGGUGGGGCAAGGAAGUAUAUGGGCAAAGUAUAAUUACACGGGUGUCGCCACCCAGCUUCCCUUUUGUAUGACACAGAAUCAAACCACUGCUCCUUUGUAUGUAAAAUUAAAGAGAGGCUUCUGGCUAGCAUGGACACCAAAGGAAGGGGAAGAAAAAGCCCAAAUACAUCUACUAUCACUACUUGCUCCGGGGAGAAGUGCAGAAAAUGUAACUGUACUAAGACACCCCCCCCCACCAAGCCAUUAUGGAAAAAGCCUUAUGAAUGGCACCCCACUGAGGAAGAAAUUAAUUGGCAAGACUGUUAUAGUGACUACCCCACCAGCAGCAAACUUAAUAACAGUUUUUCCUUUGUGGAUUGGAGCCCCUACCGGUCUGCAUAUAGUAACAAUCGCACCCUAAAAUGGAAGGGGAACACAUCCUAUCUAUAUGUUGAAGCUAAUCAUUCCAUUUCAUGGAAUGGAGGAGGAUUUGUUGGAUCUCAAUUACAACAUGACAAUUGGCCACUACAGAAUACGCAAUGGAAAUUAGCUGUUGCACUUGCACCUAUUAAAUGGUAUAGUUUUAAUUAUAGCUCAGAUAAUUCUAUUCAUACCCUAUGGGGAACUCCCAAUAAGACAGUAUUUGCCACCGCCUGUGUUUUUGAUCCAUUUGUACUCCUCUCAGGCCCCAUCCAGAUGCACCUUAAUGUUACAAGCCAUCUGUAUGAGGGGUCAUGCACAGGCUGCACAUUAUACCAUUGUAUUAAUUCUACAUUCCAAAAGGAUUCCCUCAUGAUUUUAAAACAACCGGCUUUCGCUUGGGUUCCUACUAACCUAACCGAGCCUUGGGAAUCUCAUCAAACCUACAAACUGUUACAUGAUCUGGUAAAAAUCUUAAAAAGACAAAAAAUAUUUCUUGGAAUGUUAAUUGCAGGAAUCUUUGCCCUCGUAAUGUUACUUACUUCUGUGGGCAUUGCUACUUCAUCCAUGAUACAAAGUGUUCAAACUUCUCAGUUUGUACAAAAAGUUAAGGAAAAUGUAACUAAGACGUUGUCUAUACAAAAAAGAAUUGACAGCCAGUUUGAGAUUGAAUUGUGGGCACUAAAGUCUACAGUCUUGUGGAUGGGUGAUAAAAUCCACAGCCUAGACUAGAGCAAAGAGUAUUCUUGCAGUGUCAUUAUAAUUUUUCCCAGAUUUGUGUUACUCCUCGUUCCCUAUAAUAGUACCUUACACCCUUGGGAAUCAAUAAAAAAUCACAUUCUUGGUGCUUGGGGUAAAGGUAAUACAACCCUUGAUAUUUUAGAAUUACAACAGCAUAUUGGACAAUUAUCCCAGGCAAACUUAUAAACUAAUUCCUUAGAUGCCUGGCAACAAUUUAAAAAGGACAUGAAAGAAUUUAACCCCUUCCACUGGAUCUCAUUACAUUUGCCUCUCAGCAUAACCACUAUUGCUUGUCUCAUUUUUGUUCUCAUAUGUUUAUGUCUCGUCUGCAGAUGCAGAAUGAAGAGUCUUAAAAGGACUGGAAUCCUUCAGGCGGCAUUCACUUUUCAAAAUUUACUAAGAAAAAGAAAGAUGUAGGAAGCCACCCAUUGUCUUCACUAUCAGAGAAGUGUAAACAAGGAGCCCGGAACACUGGUGAACCUUGAGUCCUGGCAAGGGCCAGAGCUAUGCACCAAUUGUUUAGUCCAGACAAUGGGGGCUCAAGCAAUUUCCUGACCAAAUA